AUGCUAAGCGUGCUCUCCUUGGGGAGGACGGCCUUUCGCCGGUGUUUAGCUACAGUAACCACACCACCUGUCGCUGGGGCAUCUAGUGCGGAAGCUAAAGCUCCAGUUGAGGCUGAGGUUGAUGCUCCUGGAGUCGAGGAGAUCGAGGCAGAAGAGACACGACGGACGCCAGUUACAAAAUCCGCAUAUAGUCUUGUUAAUUUCCAGAAGCUAAAACUCGACGAAUACCCCUAUUAUGUCGAGCGUGAAUGGUGGAAAACCGGGAAACGUACGUGCUUCUGGGCGACGUGGCGUCAGUUGCGAGAUUGGAAGCGGCGUUUAUCAAUUCAGGAAACCGGCGCUGAUCGUAUGCGGAUGAAGGCUAUAAAAGCAAACACUAUUUUGCCGCAAGCCAUCCGAGACGAGGCGGCUGAUUAUUUGUUGAAAAUGCCAAAAGCCUCGCACCCAAAACUAACACUGAACAUGUGCAUGUUUACCGGUCGACAACGCGGCAAGAUCAAACCCUACCGGCUGAAUCGUCACCUCUUCCGUAAAUAUGCCGACCAUUCCCAAUUGAGUGGCGUGCAGAGGGCAAUGUGG